CACCCCUAUAGGCCCCCCCAUAGGCCCCCACCCCCUAUAGCUGGCCCUUCUAGCCCCGCCCCCUCCAGCCCCCAGCCCCCUCUAGGCCCCCCCCCCAGCUCGGACCCCUAUAGGCGCCCCCGCCCCCUAUAGCGGCCCCCUAUAGCCCCCAUAGGGGGGAUGGAGUACCUGCGGCGGCGCCUGUCCGAUGGGAACUUCCUGGCGGGGGGGGGAGGGGACCCCCCCGGGGCGGGGCCGGGGGUGGGGGGGGGCCCCGGGGGGGGAGGGGCGGCGAGACCCCCCCGUACCCCUCCCCCAGCCCCGCUGCUCCUCGUCAUCGCGCCCCCCGGCACCGACUGGGUGAAGCUCUUCAAGGGUAAAUCGGUCCACGGGGACGUGAGCUGCGGGUGGAGCAGGCCCAGUUCUCGGAGCUCUCCCUCGUGGCCUCCACCCACGGCGCCCUCACCGUCACCAUCGACACCCCCCGAGGGGGGAGCAGGCGGGUGCACCCCGACUUCGUGCUGGUGCGGGAACCCCCCGGGGGGGGGGCGGGGGGCGCCCCCGGCGGCUGCUCCUGGGGUUGCACCUGGGGGGGGUCCCCAGUACCGACACCCUCCCCGCCCUCUACGCCUUCGCCCACCCCCCCUGCCUGCUGACAGCCCCCACCUUCCCCAUGACGUGACGCUCAGCCCCGCCCCCACCGGGGUGGACAAGGUGCGCGUGACGACGCCGGAGGCGCUGGGGGCGGUGGCCGAGGGCCAUGGGCGGGGCCCGGGCGGGGGCCCUGGUCCAGGGGGUCCCGGGGGGGAGCCAACGGCUGCGGCUCCAGCGAAUCGGGGACGAGUAUCGAGCCUUGCGGUGGCCGCUGGGGGCCGGGGACCCCCCGGGGGAGGGGCCUCAGCCGGAGCCGGUAGCCCUCAGCCCACGGCACCGCGGUUGGCUGGACGCUUGUUCCCGCCUCUUCGGGGGCGUCGACAUCUGCGGGGUGGAGGCGCUGCGGGGGCCCGACGGGCGGGAGCACAUCGUCAAGGUCUUGGGUUCUUGGAUGCCAUUGGUGGGUCCGGGAGCGGCCGAGGAUCGGGGGCGAAUCGUGGAGCUGGUGUUGGCGCGGAUGAGGGCGGAGCUUCCCCGCCCACGCAGCCCCUCCCCUGCGCGGCCACGCCCACAGAUGCCGGCGACAUCAGGGUCCCCCUGGCCAGGGACCCCCCCGGCGCAGCGACCCACACCCCAGGGUGCUCCACCGCCGUCUGGCCCCACCCAGCCCCGCCCCCCGCCGCAAGGACAGACCCGCCCACCUGGGGGCGGGGCCUCGCCGCGCCCUGCCUCACCUGGCCCCGCCCCACCGCGGGGGCCCACCCAGCCCCGCCCCUCCAGUCCACAGCCCCGCCCGCAGACCGCACCUGCUGCCGCACAACCCCGCCCACAAGCCCCGCCCACCUCCCCGCAGCCCCGCCCUCAAGCUCCACCCACCUCUCCGCAGCCCCGCCCACCGGCCCCGCCCACCUCCCCACAGCCCCGCCCCACAGGGGCUCCCUUGGCUGCCCAGCCCCGGCCCACUGGCCCACAGCCCCGCCCCCAGACCCCACCCACUGCCGCACAGCCCCGCCCCCAGACCCCACCCACUGCCGCACAGCCACGCCCUCAAGCCACACCCACCUCUCCCCAGCCCCGCCCGCAAGCCCCGCCCACCUCCCCACAACCCCGCCCGCAAGCCCCACCCACCUCUCCCCAGCCCCGUCCUCAAGCCCCGCCCACCUCCCCACAACCCCGCCCGCAAGCCCCGCCCACCUCCCCACAGCCCCGCCUCCCCGGGUCCCCCUCCAUGCCCCAUCCCCGCUCUCAAUCCCCACAGCCCCGCCCCCAAACUCCUCCCGGUGCUGCUCAGCCCCGCCCCCCGGGCCCGCAGGCCACGCCCACCACCCGCCAGCCCCGCCCCCAAGCCCCACCCCUCGCCCCCAAACCAACCCUGGCCCCCAAACCAGGCGGAGCCCCGCCCCCCAGCCCCGCCCCCGAGCAGGGGGGCCCCGAGAGCAUCCGCUCGCUGCGGCAGAGCUUCGCCAGCCUCUUCGCCGACUGACGGGGGGGGGGACAUGGGACCCCCCUCAACCCCCACCCCGGGGGGACCCAGGCGUCCGGGACCACGCCCCCCGCCCCGCCCCCGCCCCGCCCCCCGUGUGCCCCAGCCCCGCCCCCCCGGACGCCUGGGUCCCCUGGGGGGGGGGGUCAGUGUGCGCUCCUGACUGUGCAUGUGAGCCCCGCCUCCUUGAAGCCCCGCCCCUAUUGAAGCCUGUCUGUAUUUAAGCCCCGCCUCUAUUUAAGCCCCGCCCCCGCGCUUGGCCCCGCCCCCCGCUGCUCCGUGGGGGAGGGCAAUAAAGCCCCAGAGCUGCU